CUCAGUACCACGUUAUUGUCGGGACGUCGAGGGUCUCUCGUGUCAUCGUUUCUGAGAACUUACGUGUGUCUAGAAGAGGAAGAUCGAAGGAGGAAGUGUCAGCCAACGUGAAUCUUCGUGCCAGUUAAUCCACGUUGAGUUACUUCUUCGCAGUCGCGUUUUGCUUUGGCGAACAGCUCGAAUGAACUGCGAGGCGAUCGUCAGGGGCGUGAGAAUGCUGAAGAUCGUCAAGGUCGGCUCGAACGGACUCAGAAGGCUGCACACAAGCAAUAAGAGACGAGCGGCGGUACCAGCGUCGAAGAAACUGGGACGUGCAAAAUACUUGGAUGCCGCUUUUGGAAGUGCCUUAGAAUUAGAACGAGCACAGACACGCGAGUACAGCUUCAUUCAUGACAGUCAUUACAUGUACACUAGAGAUCAAGAUCAAGCAACGAACGCGGAAGAUGUUCUCUUCGACAUGUUUAAAAACGAGGAUACCGGCCUCCUAGCGGUGGGAAAGUUUUUGGCUGCUCUGAGGACCACCGGUUUGCGAAACGAAGACCCUAGACUUCAAGAAUUUACGGAUAAUUUACGAAAGGAACACUUGAAGUGCGGAGGUCACGAGGGUGUAUCUCACGAGACUCAAAAAUUGAAUAGAGAACAAUUUAGACGAAUUAUAAAUCCGAACAUAGUGCUGAUCUCGCGGGCGUUUAGGCAUCAAUUCAUUAUCCCCGACUGGUCGGGCUUCACCAAGCACAUAGAGGACUUCUAUUGGAAAUGCAAAUCGAACUCGGAGGGCAAGGUCGCCUCGUACAUACCGCAAUUAGCGAGGAUGAAUCCAGAUUAUUGGGGCGUUUCCGUUUGCACGAUCGAUGGACAGAGAUUCAGCAUCGGCGACACCUCGAUCCCGUUUACUUUGCAAAGUUGUAGCAAGCCCUUGACUUAUGCGAUCGCUUUAGAUAGGCUGGGACAGGAAGUGGUCCAUCAAUACGUUGGCCAGGAACCAUCCGGACGAAACUUCAACGAGUUGGUGCUAGAUUACAACAAGAAACCUCAUAAUCCUAUGAUCAACGCUGGGGCAAUCUUAAUCUGUUCUCUCCUAAAGUCUCUAAUCAAGCCUGAAAUGACUUUAGCCGAAAAAUUCGAUUUUACAUUAAACUACUUCAAGAGGCUAGCUGGUGAAGAGAAUCUAGGCUUCAACAACGCUGUGUUUUUAUCGGAACGGGAAGCUGCUGACAGAAAUUACGCACUUGGAUUCUACAUGAGGGAGCACAAUUGUUAUCCCGAUAAAUCGAAUCUAAAAGAAAUCUUGGAUUUCUAUUUCCAGUGUUGCUCCAUGGAGGCGAAUUGUGACACAAUGGCAGUGAUGGCAGCCACUUUGGCCAACGGUGGUAUUUGUCCCAUCACCGAAGAAAAAGUUUUAAAGCCUGACAGCGUUCGAGAUGUUCUGAGUUUAAUGCACAGUUGUGGAAUGUACGACUACAGUGGCCAAUUUGCGUUCAAGGUUGGCAUACCAGCGAAGUCCGGAGUGUCAGGAUGUCUCUUGGUAGUGAUACCAAACGUGAUGGGUAUUUGCACGUGGUCUCCACCAUUGGAUCCCCUUGGGAACUCCUGCAGAGGCGUCCAAUUCUGCCAGGAACUCGUCUCUGAGUUCAACUUUCAUAGCACCUACUAUGAUCACAGGUACGACAAUCUGAAGCACGCGACUAACAAGAAAGAUCCGAGGAGGCACAAAUACGAAACCAAAGGGCUGUCGAUCGUUAAUCUUCUGUUCAGCGCAGCCAGUGGCGAUGUUACGGCGAUGAGAAGGCAUCGAUUGAGCGGAAUGGACAUGACCCUGUCGGAUUAUGAUGGUCGAACAGCUCUGCAUUUAGCUGCUAGCGAAGGGCAUCUGGAUUGUGUCGAAUUUUUAAUCGAACAGUGUGGAGUUCCUCACAAUCCUAAGGAUAGAUGGGGAAAAAGGCCGAUCGAUGAAGCAGAAACAUUCGGACACAUGCAAGUGGUGGAAUACUUAAACAACUACGCUAUAGCCUUAAAGACGGAACAGAAAAACGAAGAGAAGGAGAAUAAUACGGAGGAAGGGGAUCAAAUGAAAGUAGCUGAAUCAACGACGCAAACGCCGAUACCAUAAGAUCAUAGCAGCUUUAGAUAGGAUAUUUUUCAUAGAAAGUGCGCGGCGUGAUUGACUUACAAUAAGAAAAUGACGGAAGGAUCUCGAGAUCACAGUGAAUCGAUUAUUUUCCUACAAAAACACACGUUACGGCUGAUUUAGUUUAUUUUUACGAUUAGUUGAAUUUGCAGCCUAGAAUCAAAAUCAUUAUAAUCUUGUUCUUACCACCAAAUAGUGUAAAUUAUAUUUAUAGCCGUUUCUUUUCUUGUGUCUUAAUUAUUUGAUCUUUUUGUAUGAAUGUGUGCGUAUGUGUAUAGAUUUUAAGAAACGUAUGAAUGUUUUUUUGAACUAUGUUAAUUAUUUUUGUUUCUUUUUAACAGGAUACGAUUCGUAUGGCAUUUUUAGUAUUAAAGAUUUAUCGUUCAUGAAAUAGCGACAGUUUGGAUGACAGAAGGCUAGCACGUUCAUGGUAAUUUUACAGUAUUAUUUACGUGAUUUAGUUCUUAUUUAUGAUAAGGAAUACUUAUACGUAAAUGUCGUCUGUUUAAGUAUUAAUUUAUAUUUCGAAUGAUUGUGCAAGAGAACUGACGUAUACCGAUGAUAAUUUCUAUAAUAGUAUAAAGAACAUUUCGUUCAUUUACUACGAUACUCGUUCCUACGUGUUCAUCGGUGUAUGCUUUGAGUAUCAGGAAGGAAAAGUUCCAAAUUUAGGUACAACUAAGAAUCAUUUUCUAUCAAUUUGCAAUUGACACUUUCCUAAUUUUAGUAUUUCCUGUUCCAUUUCGUUUAACCUUCCAUUUUAUUGCUAUGUUAUAUUAUAUUUCAUCAGCGUAGUAUUAUAUUGAAAUAAAACGAUUUAUUUAUGACAAUUGUUAAUAACGAGAUUUUAAAUUGAAAAAACCAGAACUGUGAUUGUCUGUAUCCUAUAUAUAAAAUUAUUAGUCAAAGGAAUAAGGGUCGUGGAUCUCUAUAUUAGUAGAGGAAGAGAACAACAAAAAGUGGCUACCGGAAGCGUCUUCUGCUUCCUGUAUAGGUGGUACAUUUUACCACUAUCUGUUUAUUCAAUCAAAUGUUCAACCCUUUAUUUGGCAAAAUGGAAAUGCAGAAAAUUGAUAUUGUUUAACUUCCAAAGAAACUCACUUUUCUGUGAAUCAUUUGCUUUAUAAAAUUAUUGAAAUCCGAAUUGCCGAAUAAGGGGUUCGUGUUAGUGUCACGUUUCGUCAAUUACCUCGAAAUCUGCCUUAAAGUAGACGAAAGAAUGGUAAUUAUACAAAGGGGAGUAAAAAACUUAUCAAAUUUCGCUUUGUGCGAUUCUUCAUUGUCUCGUGAGCAAGAACAUGUAAAAAUCGAAGACGCGAAGUGGAAUGAACUGCAUGGAUAACAUGGA